AUUGUAUCCCCACAAGGUUUAUUAUAGCAUCACACGUGAAGUUGGCCACACCUGUUGCAGGUAGGUGCACUAUUUGUUCUUAUCACAAUAGCAUAUACUAUUACCAGGCGUUGGCCAUCGCCCGUCGGCCUCAGAGGAAAAAUAUUCUGAAAAAAUUUACAAUGUCUGACAUAAUACAAGACAACAACGAUGUCGAGCCUACUAUACGACUAUGUAAACUGCGUACGUGGCCCAAUUCAUUUGACGGUUACGGUUUUAAUCUCCAUGCAGAAAAAGCUAAAACUGUAAAUGGUGCCAAUGGUACGAGUUCCAAGGUUCCUGGUCAAUAUGUUGGUAAAGUAGAUUCAGGGAGUCCAGCUGAAGCUGCUGGGCUUAGAGAAGGUGACAGAAUAGUAGAAGUUGAUGGACACAACAUAGAAGGUGAAACUCAUUCACAAGUUGUAGAAAGAAUCCGGAAAGGAAGUGAAGGAUUAGGUAAAACAACAGAGUUAUUGGUGUUGGAUAAGAGAGCAGAUCAAUAUUAUAGAGAUAAAAACAUGCAGGUGACCUAUGAAUCCAUGCAACAUGCAAUUAUUGUAUUGGAAACUCCUGAACAUUGUCCAGAUGAGAUAGAUGAAAAGAAUGUAGACAAAAAUGGAACAGUAUCACCUAAUCAGACAGGUGAGCGCUUAAAUUUAAAUAUGACUGCAGCCGAGUUACGAAAACAACUUGCUGAAAGAAAAUUAGCAAAUCGUAAAGGGGCUCAAUCAUUGGAUUUACGUACAAAGUAUGAAAUUGUGGAUAAACUGUAAAAAAGAUGUUUCUAGGUUUGCAUUUAAAACUAAAUCCGUCCUGUUAUCACAGGAUAUUUUAGUUUAGAUUAAGUACUGUAAUUGUUAUUUAUGUAUAGUAGAGGAUGGGAAAAUGUAUUUAAUUUUAAAAUUACCUUUUUUUGUUAUAUAUUAAUGUGUAUAAAUCACAAAAUAUUUGUAAUGUUCAAUACAAAUAAUAAAUACAAUAAAAGUAUAAAUAUUGGUUA